CCCUGGCAGCUAGUUAACGGAGCUAAACAGUCUUCAGCCUCCUCACGUGAAGAAGAAGCUUCUGGAAGCUGCUCGUGCACGCGCACAGUCUCCAUGGCUACGGAAGAGUUCUACGAGGUGGAGAGGAUCGUGGACAGGAGGAAGAGUAAGAAGGGUAAAGUGGAGUACCUGGUCCGGUGGAGAGGUUACGGUUCAGAAGGAGACACCUGGGAGCCAGAGACUCACCUGUCCACCUGUAUGAUCUACGUCCACGACUUCAACCGUCGGUACGCCGAGUGGCAGAGAGACGGCACGUUGCUGCGCUCCACCCGCAGCUUCCCCAGCCGCCGCUUUAGCCCCGCCCUCAGACUGCCCUGCAGGCCGCCACCCAUGGCUCACGGUGACAUCAUCGGAGGUGACAUCGUCGGAGGUCUACCUGGAGGAUGUGAUCAGGUGAAACUCGCCCUCGGACCGAUCCGCCCGGCCUCCAUCAGCUCGCAGCAGCACUUGCCGGUCGGCCGGUUCGGCAGCCUUCUGAUGUCGGCGUCUCCGGCCGGCUCGGCCCGCCGCAGCGUGGACCUGUCCAAGACUGGCAUCAAGAUCCUGGUCCCCAAGAGUCCGAUGAACAGCCGUCUGGACGAGGCGGCUCACGGUCUGGAGGCCGGAGCUCAGGAGGCUCACCUGGUCCCACCUGAGGUCGCUCUGCUGGAGAAACCUGCAGGGGUCCAGCUGGGGCCCGGAGAGGAGAGGGCCCGCAUGGGGACCAGACCACGAGUACCUGUCACACCUGGCGUCAUGUGCUCCCUCAGCAGCAUAGGUAACUCAUUGAUGGAGGUUGUAGCUGCCAAUGGGACAUCAGGUGUGCAGAGUGCUGUUACCGGAGCGGCGAGUGCGACAGGGAAGCGUCGUCUGGAGGAACGCUCGGCGUUCGACAAACGUUUGAGGUUCAGUGUUCGACAGACAGAGAGCGCCUACCGGUACCGGGACAUCGUGGUGAAGAAACAAGAUGGCUUCACUCACAUCCUGCUGUCAACCAAGAGCUCUGAGAACAACACGCUCAAUCCGGAGGUGAUGAAGGAGAUCCAGAGUGCCAUGGCUACAGCAGCAUCUGAUGACAGUAAGCUGGUGCUACUCGGCGCCGUUGGAAGCGUAUUCUGCUGCGGUUUGGACUUCCUGUACUUCAUCAGACGGCUGACGGAGGACAGGAAGAAGGAGAGCAUCAAGAUGGCCGAGACAAUCAGGACCUUCGUCAACACCUUCAUCCAGUUCAGGAAGCCGAUCGUGGCGGCGGUCAACGGGCCGGCUCACGGCCUUGGGGCCGCCAUCCUUCCUCUGUGUGACGUGGUGUGGGCCAAUGAGAAGGCCUGGUUCCAGACGCCCUACGCCUCCUACGGACAGACGCCUGACGCAUGCUCCUCCUUCACCUUCCCCCGCGUCAUGGGCCUGGCCUCGGCUAACGAGCUGCUGCUGAGCGGCAGGAAGCUGACGGCUCAGGAGGCGUGUUCUAAAGGAUUAGUGUCUCAGGUUCUGUGGCCGGGAACCUUCACACAGGAAGUGAUGCUGCGAGUCAAAGAACUGGUCACGGUCGACUCACAGGUCAGUCAACACACUACAGUAUAUGUAUAUAUAUUAGGGGUGUAACGGUUCACAAAAUUCUCAGUUCCGUUCAAUACGAUACAGUGGUGCCACGGUUCGGUACGUUUCGGUAUGUUUUCAAUCCAGCAAAAAAGCAGAAAUGCCAAAUCCUCUGGUGAGACUCAAGGGGGCGUGUCUGAGUUGAUUCUCUGUUUGGGCUUUUGUUUUCUUUUACAAAGCAGGAAUUAUGGUCUGGAGAAAUGGGCUGGUGAAGGAGUAGUGUCACUGGGCUCAAUAGCAUUCAGCAUGUUGGUACAGCCUGGUUUAUCACUAGAGGAGGGAUGAACCUUUAGCCUGUUUGAGUCAGGAGGGAACAGAUACCGAGACGUUGCGGGGAGAGUUUGUAAUGAAUAUUACAUGACUAUUCACGUACACAGGAAGUAGAUUGGUUGCUUAGUUUAAAAUAAUACGACAGUGUAAUAAAGUCUUUAAUAAUGAAAGGUCGUGUUUGAUACUUAAGAUCUUCUCCUAAAUCUUCCUCUAUGAACUCAAACAGAUACAUUUCGUGGAAAGUUUUAUUUUUCAGACUUCGUUACUGCGCUGGGGGUCUUGCUCGAUAUCUCUCACCUCAUAUUUACAUUAAAAUCAACACUUACACACAAAGGUUUACUAGAUUAUGGUCCAUAAAUGUGGUCAA